AUGCCGUCGCCAAUGCAAGCGCUCUACCGCGUGUUUGUGCAACCGGCGCUACUGCCGCGCACUCGCCCACUCACCAUCACCCUCACACCACCAAGGUCAACCCCCCUCCGCGCCUUCUCCUCCACACCACCCCGCCUCGCCGCAAAAGGCCCCCCAGCAAAGCGCAAACAACUCUGGGACGAAGAAAUCCCCGCCCGCCGCAUCCAACUCGUCGACCCUGAGAGCGGCUCUCUUCAACCACCCUCCCGCCUGCGCGAUCUCCUCGAAACACUGGACAGAAAGACAUUUCGCGUCGUCUGCGUAACAGCACCACCGGCAGGAAACUGGACAGAAGAAUGGAUCCCGACGUGUAAAUUGCAGGACAAGAAACAGGCGUAUCAAGCUGAAAAGGCAAAGAAGAAGCUGGUGCAGCAAAAGACGGCUGCCGAGGGGACUAAGACGUUGGAGUUGAAUUGGGCGAUUGAUGCAAAUGAUUUGGGGCACAGGAUGAAGAGGAUGCAGGAGUUUUUGGGACAGGGCAAAAAGGUCGAGAUUAUUCUGGCUAGGAAGAAGGGAGGGAGGAGAGCUACUCCUGAAGAAUGCGAGGAGCUGUUGCAGAAGAUUGGAGAGGCGGCCGAGAUGGUCAAGGGGACAAAAGAGCUGAAGAAGUUUGAGGGCAAGUUGGCUGGAAUGGGUAACCUGUCUUAUGAGGGACCGAAGCCUACAUAG